AUGGUAGAUGCUGCACAAGGCAUCCUAGGCAUUGAAUGGAUAGAAGGACAGAGCGUGCGCUUUCUGCUUGGCCGCGGCGCAGAGGGUGAGGACGAAACAGAAGAGAUCGAGGAAGGCGACGAACAAGUGGAAGACGAUCCUCUCCUGGAGUAUGGUGUUACCCAAGACAAUAUAAUGCAGAUGAUCGGCACCGAGAUCGCGAAGACGCAUCAGGCGGAUAUCGUCCAUGGUGAUCUCACGACCUCAAACAUGCUCCUCCGACAUCCGUCCUCACCGAAGGGUGUGCAGCUUGUGCUAAUUGACUUCGGCUUGGCCUACACCUCUGCUCUGGUUGAAGACAAAGCUGUCGAUCUGUACGUUCUCGAGCGCGCAUUCUCCUCGACACAUCCGGCUUCCGAGUCCCUCUUUGCCUCGGUACUAAAGGCGUACGAGGUCAAGAUGGGAAAGGAUUGGCUUCCGAUCGCUAGAAGACUAGAUGAUGUCCGUCUCAGAGGUCGGAAGCGUAGUAUGGUCGGUUGA